AUGUUUGAAGGUAAGAAUCCGACUUUGAAUGCGAAGUUGGUGCCUUUGUUUGAUUGGCUUUUUCAUGUGCCUGCGCCAAUUGCUUUGAACACUGCUCUUGCUCAACUUGGUGUUAUUAGGCCAGUUUUUAAGCUACCACAUGUUCCUAUCACUGUUGAAAAGAGAAGAGAGUUUGUGAAUUUGGUUAAGGAUAUUGGUAGAGAGAAUUUUGUUGGUGAAAAAGAUGUUCAAGUUCUUCAUGAUGAUGAGUUUAUUGUUGUUGCUCGUUAUUAA